AUGUUUUGCGCAAUUUCUGGUGAGGCUCCCGAGCACCCCGUGGUAUCCAAGAAGAGUGGCCAGGUCUAUGAACGCCGCCUGAUCGUUAAAUAUAUCGAGGACAAUGGAAAGGAUCCCGUCUCUGGCGAGGAUCUCUCUGUCGACGAUCUCCUGGAUAUCAAGUCCACCCCCGGCACUGUCAAGCCUCGCCCUCCAACCAUGACCUCGAUCCCUUCGAUCCUCUCUGUCCUCCAAAACGAGUGGGACUCGAUCAUGUUGGAAACCUUCACAAUGAAGCAACAGUAUCAGCAGGUCCGUCAGGAGUUGAGCCAUGCCCUCUACCAGCACGAUGCUGCCUGUAGAGUCAUUGCCCGUCUCAUGAAGGAGCGUGAUGCCGCCCGCGAGGCCCUCGCCAACGUUGAGGCGCAUAUUGGAACCAAAGCCGCCUCGACAGAGAGCGCUGCAGAUGUGACGAUGGACGAUGCUACAUCAACAGGAUUGUCGGCAGAGAUUCGCGAGAAGCUGGAGGCGACCACAGCAGUGCUGUCCAAGACCAGGAAGCGCAAGCCCAACACGACUGCAGAGGCUGUUCAGACCUACACCCAACGCAAGGUCUUCCCAGGAUUGCACGCUGCUCGCUCACCGGGCAUCGCUGCCUUGGAUCUGGAUGCCAAGAAUGGAUUGGUGUUGACAGGGGGCAACGACAAGAACGCCCUGGUCUUUAGUCAGUCAGAGGAGAAGGUUGUCGCCACCUUGAAGGGACAUUCCAAGAAGAUUACACAUGUUUCUUGGACAGGACGCUCGGAGGAGGCUGGACAGGAUAUGGCCCUCACGGCAUCAGCCGAUCAGACGGUCAAGAUCUGGACAGUUGGAGACAAGGCCUACGGCUACUCUGCUGCUCAUACUCUGUCGGGUCACUCAGCAGAGGUCACUGGAUUGUGUGUGCACCCUACUAAGGACUAUGUUGCUACUGCUUCUAUGGACUCGACCUGGGCCUUCCACGACUUGGAGACUGGAUCGACCGUGAUGACGGCUCGCUCGGAUCAGGUCUCGAACGGAUACUCGUCGGCGGCCUUCCACCCCGAUGGUCUGUUGUUUGGUACUGGUACGACUGACUCUGCAGUCAAGAUCUGGGAUGUCCGUACAAAGGAUGCUGUUGCCUCGUUCGAGGGUCACACCGGAGCUGUCAAGACCAUGACCUUCAGCGAGAACGGAUAUUUGAUGGCCGCUGCUGGCGAGAACAACGAGGUUAGCAUCUGGAACUUGAGGACAUUGGAGGUCAUCCAGAAGCUCAAGGUUGCUGACCAGGGCGUCAUCAAUGCCUUGGCCUGGGACCAGUCUGGAACAUACCUCGGUGUCGGAGGCACUGAUAUUCGCAUCUUCAAGGUCAAGACGUGGCAAGAGCUCGCCAACCUGACGGAUAACACUGCCGAGAUCACAAGUUUGAAGUUUGGACCCUUGGGCGACUACCUCGUUGCCGGUGGAUUGGAUCGCAGCCUUCGUGUCUUUGGCGUUGCCGAGUAA